AUGGAUUUUUUAAAUUUUGGUUCUUUCUUUUUUGUUGUAGUCAUUUGUAUUUUAUUAGGUUUUUUAUAUAAAUGCUUAAAACAAAUAGAUGAUUUAAAACAACAAGAACAACAACAACAGGCCAACAAAAAUUUAGAUAAUGAUUAUUCAUUAACUAUUUUAAAAUUAAAAAAUGAACUUUCAAGAUUAGAAGCAGAAAAGAGAAUCCACAAUGAUCAUCAAAAAAUUCUCUCUGAAAAACAAGAAGUAAUUGAUCAAAAAAACCAAUAUGAGUUUGAAAAAUUAAGAAAUGUUAAAAAUGCCCAAUUUCAAGAAAUUAGUCAAUAUCAAAAUAUAUUAAACCAACAAAGAAAAUUAUCUCAAGACAAUGAUAUUGAACAAUGUAAAUUGGUUGAAGAAAAGAACUCACUCAAAGCUAAAUUAGAAAAUCAAUUUAGCAAAUCUUAUCAAUUACAAGAGGAAUUAUUAGAAAAAGAUGAAAUUAUCCAAUUGCUCGAAAAAAAGCUUUUAUCCGAGCAAAUAGCUGUAGUUCAACUCUCUUGUGAACACAAGCAAACAUUGGAGAAAUUAAAUCUUAGAUCAUAA